AUGAUGAAGCUGGAGGUCGAAAUCAAGGUGCUGUUGUAUUGGCUGCCAGCCCCUAAGGAGGUCGAUCCAGUUUCGAUGGAUCUACUUGGAGAUGAAAGCCACAACACGACCAUAUCGGAGGAGACGUUGGAUGAACUUAUUUCAACCGUGUUCGUGGAUCCCGCUUACCGAAGAGAUUUCCUGUUAUACAUCUCGUCGACUCCGCUUGCGUUUGCUGUCCAAGCUGACAAGUUCAACGGAUAUCAACUUGUACCAGAAAAUCGUUACUACUUUGGGUACGCAACCGUCCAGCUGAAAGCUAUUCUUCAAGACAAAAACAUUCCGGCUGGGGAGACAUCCACAAGCCACCGCCAGUUUGGAGCACUUCCUAAUGUUACGCUAAUUGUAACUGUGGAUCUCUUCAUAGCGCCCGUAGCGACAAUUCCUCUCCUGAAUGCCACCGUUGCCCGAGUCACGCCUCCGCAUGGAACGGCGCUGAUAGUCUCGGUCAACGCCAUCACGCUGCAAGAUCUGGAUGGCUCGGAGGAGCUUUCCGUCGAGCUGUCUGCGCAGCCAGAUACUACCAACGGUGACACGACUUCGGAGUCCGUUGCGUAUGCGCUACCGGUGCCGACGUCGACACUCGCUAGCAUCGUUGACGCAGAAGUGAGGCUGGUGGCAUUGGACGCUGCGUUCUCUGGCACGUUCAGCGUAUCUCUCACCGCGACGUCCCGCGAGCUCUACUACACGAACAUGUCCACCACGAAUGCGACUGUGGCCACUGCGGUGUACACGGCCGAGGUGGGGUGGACGCCAGAGCCCGCAGUGUACUAUGCGACGCCGCUGGACGUUUGGUUCGAGGCUGAAGAAAACACGGCUGUGGUGAUUCCGCUGAGCAGUAUUCGCGCAAGCUUACUGGCAGGCGUUCCGUUGGCUGCCGAGGACGGGCUGCAGUACGGUCCGUGCCGGCUCGCCUGGGACGCAGGCCGCGUCGAUGCGGUGUUCGUGGACGAUGCGAGCGUGACAGCGGCACCGCAUUCCUUUGGCGGCGACUCGGGUUUGCUCUCACCCCAGAUCAGUCGUUUGAAUUUGAGUUGUCAGAGAACGUGA